AUGGUUGCCAUCACGAAGAUUCUUCUUGCUACACUCUCUACUAGCUUUGUCGUUGCCAGGGAAGGCAAGAUGACUUGGUACAACCCUGUUCGUGGUAGCGGCCUUGGUGCCUGUGGAAAGACCUAUAAUGGCAAUGACAUUAUCGUCGCGAUUGGGGUGCCUCACUGGACCGCGGCCAAUCCCAACAAAGAUCCCCUUUGCCAGAAAAAGGUCACCAUCCAUUAUGGCGGCAAAAAAGUCACGGCUCGUGUGGUUGACAAGUGUAUGAGCUGCGGAAGAAAUAAUAUCGAUGUUUCCCCUGCCGUCUUCAAAAAGUUUGGCCCCCUCAGCAAAGGACAUUACCAAGUGAAGUGGAACUUGCAUAAUUAA